UCGCGCGCCGCGCGGUGCAUCGGGUGUUCGUGAGUCGCGCGCGUCGCUCCUUGUCGGCGGCCUCCCGAUGCUGGACGACUGCAAAAACCACGUUACCGAGACCCGUUCCGAAGUACUCUAAGUACACCUAACCUCUUUACACCGUUUUCGUCGGUAGACGCGCGCUCGGUUACUCAAAACAGCGGCCAGGCAGGAUAUAAUCGACCCGAGCGGGGCGAACGCACUCCAAAUGAAACGCGGGCAAAAAAGGUUUAACCAUACUUGUCGCGCCGACGAACUCGGAGUCAUGCCGCGCUGACGGCGGCUCGGACCGGAGGAGACAUUCCGGAAGAUCCUGAGGGAGUCUUCUCGGCAGACGACGAAGGCGGCCACGUGCUCGGGGAUGGACCUAGGACGACCCGGAAGACCCCGAAGAGACAUCCCCUUUCUGCUUACGACGCGAGGUCGCGCCCGAUCGCCCAAGGAAACGUUCCAGUCGUCAGGGCCCACCCGAUAGGCGAUCUGGCCGGGACGUCGUUAUGUCCGGUGGCUCGUCGAAGGAGGUCGGGGUCCAGCGGAUUUAAGAGUACUCGGACACCUCGAAGAUGGUCCCCCUGGUCCUGGCGCUGCUAUCCCUGGCCGCCCCGUCGAGCUCCGCGCCCUCCUCGGUCUACGUGGACGACAAGGCGCAAACGUACCUGAUGACGUACGGAUACCUGCCACAGAGCAGCCUGGAAACGGGUAACCUGAGGUCGGACGAACAACUCAGAGAUGCCAUCAAAACCCUGCAGAUUUAUGGCGGUGUUCCGGUGACCGGAGAGUUGGACGAGGAAACUCGGGAAUUGAUGAAGGCUCGGCGCUGCGGACUUCCGGAUAAACUGGAUCCAAGAUUUGCGAGAACGAGGCACAAACGUUUUACCAUUCAUGGACAGCAAUGGCCAUAUCGGAACCUCACUUGGAGUCUCAGGACCGAACAGCCGAGUGGACUCGACACGUACGGGGUUCGGGACGAGCUGAGGAGGGCCCUGGAUUUGUGGGCCAGGAACUCGAAGUUGACGUUCCAGGAGGUCAACAGCGAUCGGGCGGAUAUUCUAGUCUCCUUCCAUCGAGGAUAUCACGGGGAUGGAUAUCCGUUCGACGGAAAAGGCCAGAUACUGGCGCACGCCUUCUUUCCCGGACGCGACCGGGGCGGAGACGCUCACUUCGACGAGGAGGAAGUUUGGCUUCUCGGGGGCGAGACCAAGGACGAAGGAACUAGCCUCUUCGCGGUGGCGGCUCACGAGUUUGGACACUCUCUGGGAUUGGCGCACAGUUCCGUCCGCGGGGCUUUGAUGUAUCCCUGGUACCAAGGUCUCGAUCAAAAUUACGAGCUCCCCGACGACGAUCGACACGGGAUCCAGCAGAUGUACGGGGCUCCGGAAAGGUUGUGGGGCCGUAUCCCAGGUUUUCGUCCGACGAGGCCGACGACCACGACGACCACGACGACCACGACGACCACGACGACGACGUACAGGCCCUGGAGGACGCGGCCGAAUCACUACCCCGACGAUAAGAGGCCUCAUCGACCUUAUCCCGAUUAUCCCGUACAACCCGAUAGACCCAAUCGUCGACCCCAAUGGCCGCACAAGCCGCAUCGGCAUCGUCCCACCACGGCGACGACCGUCGACGAUGCUACGUCCUUUACCACCACGACCACGACUACGACUACCACGACCGCGAGGACGACGUUCGUGCAUCCUACGACCGACUACGGGGUCAGGGGAUCUCCCAGGGACAGGCCGAAACAUCGCUGGAAUAUUGUUCCGGAAGGCGCGAUUCCUAACAAAUGCGACACCAGCUACGACGCCAUCAGCAUAAUCCGCAGGGAAGUCUUCAUCUUUAAAGGCCGAUACCUCUGGAGGAUCGGGGACCAAGGAUUGUACACGGGCUAUCCUGCCGAAAUAACGCGUCUCUUCAAUUUACCUCUCGACACCGACCACGUGGACGCGGUGUACGAGAGGCCGGACAAGAAGAUCGUCUUCUUCGUUGGGAAGAAGUACUACCUGUUCAACGCCAACGUCCUCGAGCCUGGGUAUCCGAAACCUCUGAGUACUCUAGGACUUCCGGAGUCCUUGAAGAAAGUCGACGGCGCCAUGAUCUGGGGCCACAACGGGAGAACUUACUUCUUCAGCGGCACGAUGUAUUGGAGAUUCGACGAGUCCGUUAAUUACGUUGAACUCGAUUACCCUAGAGAUAUGAGCAUGUUUGCCGGAGUAGGAUAUGACAUUGACGCCGUGUUCCAAUGGAAAAAUGGAAAGACCUAUUUCUUCAAAGGAAAAGGUUUCUGGGAGUUCGACGAUCUCAAGAUGAGGGUUGCCCAUGAUAGGCAGAAACUCUCGGCGCCCGUUUGGAUGGGGUGCCGAAUCGACGAUCAAGACACGAACGACGUGGACUCGCGUCAUAACGAUCUGCCAAAAAAAUCGAAAGAAGCCUACAGUGCCGCGCCGAAAGCAGUGCCUUCGAUUGCCUACGCGUUUCUGUUCUGGCUCGUUCUACUUUUGUUCGGAACCAAAUCCUAGAUCAAUGAUAGACCAAGCGAGAGAGCUCUUGCCCAGACUCGAUCAGCAAAACUGCCAUUUUUUGUCAGCAUAGUCGAUAGGACUCGACGACGAGAUUCCACGUCACCGGAAUGCCUUUACACUUUCGUGAACUUAAACGGGUACCCAAAAUGGUAUCCGUUACGGAUAAUACGUCGCCGAUUAAAUAAAUUCGUCAUUUUCGCGCACAGAGAAAAUUACAGAGUAACAAUAAUCACUAUUCCUCAUAAGAAACGAAGGAUGAGAUUACGUACCGAGUUGGUAGGUCUGGUUUAUUUUUUAAAAAUUGCAAAAAUCACCUUGCGGGAACAUAAAAAAAAAACCUUCGUACCGGACGUCCCUCGUUUCUUACACAGUAUACAGUUAUCGUUUCUGCAUAAUUAACUCUGUGUAAUAGGUAGAAUAGCUUACAACCGUGGCCUACAGCGCACUCGCGAUAUUUUUCUAAUCAGUUUUAUACACACUCCCGUAAAGUCCCGUAUUAAAUUUAACGAUAUUUAAUUUAUAUUUUUCUAACACGUAUAUAUUUACGUACGGCGAUACCGCGUGCUAGACCUUGGGAACGAAAGCAAAGAAUCGAGUCGGAAUUUUUUCUCCCGGUCUGCGAAAAGUGUCUACGGAUGCAACGACGCUUAUAUUAUAUUCCCCGGGAAACGCUUUUCACAACUCGCGGCGGUCAUUUUACAAGAGGACGAUCGCAGGCGAGAGAGCGACCUCCUUAAGGAAAAUCGAAUUCCGUUACAUAGAUUGCGACCUUCCGUCCCAGAAAGGAAUUUCCUUAAUCGUUGCAACGAGGAGGCUCAGUCGUCCGAUCGGGGAAGACACGAGGAAAUACGAGUGCAUAACGUGUACGUAGCAUUUUUGCUAACGUCGUUAGGUACAUCGGUGUAAUAGCGCGCCGCGUUUAAACGGGGCGUCAUUCUUAUAAACUGUGAUAUUUAUUAAUCGAUGAGGGGAGAAAUAGCUAGAAAUGAAAUCGGAUGAAAUAUCAAUAACGCGGAUGCAGAAGUCGACGUUGUCGCACAAGGAGGAAAACUUUCUUUGGGACGAAAUAAUGUAUUACAACAAUAAUUGUACAAUCAUGGUACCGAAAAGAAAUCUCCGUUCUAGUGUCCCCGUUUUCGUAACGCUCUUGACUACUUCAACUAAUGAAAUUAUUUCAUAUUGCCUUAAGUAAACGGUACAACUUGCGUACUCCGCUUUAUUCAACGUAGGUAUAUCCACUUUCUUAAGAAAUAAAUUUGAUUCUCUUUCGAAUACAUCGUUUCGUACAUCGGAGUGAUCAGUGUCGGUGUUGAAA